CUUCAACUUCAACGCAAUCUCUCUUUUUUGAGAGAAAAAUUGCUAGAAUUUUUAUCAGUCUCAGUUUCAGUGUUGAAUUGUUAAGUAUCAGAAGGCAUAUUUAAUUGUUUCUGGUGUGGAAGAAAAGGCGCAAAGGGGGCGAGCAUAGAAGAUGGCCGAGAGAGAUGAUGAUGAAGAUAAAAAAGUUGUAGAGACUGCUCCAGAUGCUGAGGGGGCUGAGGAUUUGCCUAUAGAAGAACCAAGAGAAGUCGAUACGUGUGUCGAAAACCAAAUGCCCUCGUUGCACAAGGAGGAGGAGGUCAUCAAGAAGAAGUAUGGCGGCUUGCUGGCGAAGAAGCCUCCGUUGAUCUCUAAGGAUCAUGAACGCGCUUUCUUUGACUCCGCGGAUUGGGCUUUGGGCAAAAAGAGCAAAGGACCAAUUGAGGCCCUUCUUCAACCUAAACUGCAGCCGUCGCCUCACCACCAAGCACGCUCAAGGUCGCCCUGCGCCCCUGCAGACGACGCUCAAGGUGAGAGUGAGAGUGAGAGUGAGAGUGAGAGCAUCCAUGGAGGCAGCUGUGAUCAUCUAAACACUGGCCUUUCUCAUGAGAAUCUGCAGGGAUGACGUUCUCGUUCAAGAUACCGAUGUUUUAAGCUUCCAACGGAGAUGGUGUUUGCAUUUUACGACGGGUUUGUGUAGCAUUUUCGACGCUUAAGAUCCUCUAUUGCCCAAUGUUAGGGUGUAUAUUUUCCUUAAAUAAAUUCGAAAUUUUUAGUAUUGCCGCGUGUCGAUCAUCCACGAAUGUAAUAUGAGAUGUUGUAAAAAUUGGCAAUAGAAGAUAUGAAGUGGAAAUUUGGAUGUGAA